CAAAUCCCCUGGUCUGGUUGGUCACUCGGCGCCUCUAACCGGAUGGAAUCAAGAAAGAAACUCUGCUACGGUUGCUCCUCCGUCCAGCUCCAACAUUGUGGCCUCUCCGCUUCCGGUUCCUCCCCUUGUUGUCCCUAGAAGCUUCUCUAUACCUUCAAGUCACCAGAGAGCCUUUUCUUCUCAACGGCCUGUUGAGAGGAACGAUGAUACCGUAGCCGCGUCCCCACCGCUAACACCGAUGAGCUUGUCUCGGCCACUUCCUCAAGCCGCGGGAGUUGCUCAGACCAGUCAAAUUAGAGACAUACGUGGCGGAUAUCGAGGAAGUAGGGAGGAGAGAAGGAUUUCGUCGUCGUCGUCAAUGGAUAUCUCUGCGUCUGCUUCUCUAACUUCCUCUGGAUUCGUUCCUCGUCUUCUUCCCUUGUUCAAUCCUCUAACUCGAACUAUCUCCUGCUCAGCGUUGCUCUCUUCUUCUUCCUCCUCUGUUAGACUCAUUUCUUCUCACAGACGUAUAGCUCCGUCUCUGUGUGUCUCCGAUCAAUCUGCCUCUACCGGGAUCAAUGUUGUUGAUUCGGAUCCCGUUGAUACUGUUAAGAGGAAAGCUAUGGACAUUGCCCCUCAGCUCAAAGGAGCUUCAAUAUUUCUGGUUGGGAUUAAUAACCCUGUAAAAACAAACUUGGGGAAGCUUUUGGCAGAUUCAUUACGAUAUUACUACUUUGAUAGUGAUAAUUUGAUCGCAGAGGCAGCUGGUGGAAAUGUAUCCGCUCAAGCUUUAAAGGAAGCUGAUGAGAAGGCUUUUCAGGAAUCAGAGACGGAAGUGCUGAGGCAGCUAACAUCUAUGGGUCGGCUUGUAGUUUGCGCUGGAGAUGGUGCGGUACAGGGCUUGAAAAAUCUUGCACUUUUAAGACACGGGAUCUCCAUAUGGAUUGAUGUUCCUCUGGAUAUCGCGGCUAAAGGGAAUGAUUCAUUCAACUCAGAACCUAUCCCUGAGUUGUUUGAGUCGCUAAAAGCGAGUUACGAAAAAUCAAGAAAUGGCUACGAUACAGCAGAUGCAUCCAUUUCCCUUGAAAGAGUAGCUACAAAGCUGGGAUGUGAUGACUUGGAAACGGUAACUUCUGAAGACAUUGCUUUGGAGGUCCUGAAAGAAAUAGAGAAGUUGACCAGAGUGAAGAAAAUGAUGGAAGAAGCCUCUCGACCUUUCUAG